AAUGGUGAUUGUUGUUGUUCACGACUCACCUUACUUUUUUUUAAGGUUAGGUUAGGCCUUUAGUGUUUGUGUCUUGUGUCAAAACGUCAGUGAUCCAUGUGCUCGGCUCGUAGCUACAGCUUGAAAUCAAUCAAUCAUGGGUCGAGUCAGGACGAAAACCGUCAAACGUGCAUCUCGGACAAUCAUUGAAAAGUAUUAUCCAAAAUUAACAUUAGACUUCCACACCAACAAAAGGAUAUGUGAGGAAAUAGCUGUCAUCCCUAGCAAACCCCUUAGGAAUAAAAUUGCUGGUUUCGUCACUCAUCUAAUGAAAAGGUUGAGGCACAGCCAAGUUCGAGGCAUCUCCAUCAAGCUGCAAGAAGAGGAGAGAGAAAGGAGAGACAACUAUGUUCCAGAAGUCUCUGCCCUUGAACAAGAUGUCAUCGAAGUAGACCCAGAGACCAAAGAGAUGUUGAAACUGCUCGAAUUCAACAACAUUAGUGGACUACAGCUCAUCCAGCCAACACCUAAUUACCGAAGAACUUAAUUUCAGAGGUUUUCUUUUCUUUUUUCUUUUUUUUUUUAAUUUUUAUGGACUCUCCUUCACACGCAAUAAACAAGUUUUCAUAAAAUUUUA